AGAACCUGUGGUCCUCGGCCGGCUUCUGGUUGAAGUGGCGCUGCAGCAAGGAUAAGUCCCCCAAAGUUUGACUUCGUGACCUCUGUUCGUAGUCUCAGAAAAGACUAAAGAACGCGCUCUUCGGAUAGACCAGGACUCCGUCGGCUUCCAACAAUUAAUCCUGGAGCAAGAGUCUUUGAAUUCUAAACGGGUGAGCGGCCCCAGAAGAACAGAUCCGGGUGGCCGGCAAUUGGGCUCGCCAUGGCUGCGCCCGCCCGCCGUCUGUGUCACAUCGCCUUCCAUGUGCCGGCUGGGCAGCCCCUAGCGAGAGACUUACAACGCAUCUUCGGCUUCCAGCCCCUGGCUGUGCGGGAAGCAGGCGGCUGGAGACAGCUGGCCCUGCGCAGCGGGGACGCUGUCUUUCUAGUGAAUGAGGGUACCGGGCCGCGGGAGCCACUGUAUGGCCUGGACCCUCAUCACUCGGUGCCCAGCGCAACGAACCUGUGCUUCGACGUGGAGGAUGUGGACCGCGCCGCCCGGGCACUGGCGGCUCGCGGCUGCAUCAUGCCGGUACCACCCACUAGGGUGAGAGAUGCACAGGGCACAGCCACCUACACAGUGGUCAGCUCUCCGGCUGGUAAUCUAAGCCUUACCUUGCUGCAGCGUGCUGGCUAUCGAGGAUCUUUCCUGCCCGGGUUCAGACCUCUGCCUUGCACUCCUGGCCCGGGCUGGGUCAGCCACGUGGACCACUUGACCUUGGCCUGCACCUCAGGCAGCUCCCCUACACUUAUGCGUUGGUUCCACAACUGCCUAGGGUUUCAUCAUUUACCGCUGAGCCCAGGUGAGGAUCCGGAGCUGGGCCUCAAGGUGGCUGUAGGGUCUGGGCGAGGGGGACUGCGGCUUACUGCCUUGCAGACUCUGCCAAAUAGUACUGUCCCCACCCUUGUGCUGGCAGAGUCCCUCCCGGGACUCACCAGCGAACAGGACCAGGUAGAACAAUUUCUAACCCGGCACGGAGGGCCAGGCCUGCAGCACGUAGGACUGUACACUCCUAACAUCAUAGAUGCUUCUGAAGGAAUGGCGAAGGCGGGAGGCCGGCUCCUGACUCCUCCUGAAGCUUAUUACCAGCAGCCCGGCAAAGAGGAACAAAUCUUAGCCUCAGGGCACAAGCCUAGCUUUCUAGAACGGCAGGGAAUCCUGCUAGAUGGAGAUAAAGAUGAGUUUUUGCUUCAAGUCUUCACCAAGUCCCUCUUUGAUGAGGACACUUUCUUCCUGGAACUGAUUGAGAGACAGGGGGCCACAGGCUUUGGCCAGAACAACAUUCGUGCACUAUGGCAGUCGGUGCAAGAGGAAGCUGCCAGGGCUCAGGGAACCUAACCCCAGCUAGAAAUGGGAGUUGCCACUUGUCCUUGGUGCUCUGAGGAGUCCAGCACAGGCCUGCUGGAACUGACACAUCCCGCAGGACCACACCUCCACAGAAUUACACCCAAAUAAAGGCUAUCAUUCCCUCAGGGGCAGGGUGAUCUCAUCCCAAGCAGUCCCUGAGAUGGGAUUUAAAAUAGUAACAACCCCUAAAAUGGCUAACACGUUUAGGUAAUGUAAAUAAAGGAACAGGCCAUAGGACACAA